AUGUUGAACGUACUCUUCGUUCCUUCCUACCUCUGGAGUCUGUAUGUCACACAUCUCUGGAACUACGAGCCCGGAUCGUGGGUGGAUGACACCGCGUCUACCUUUCGGCUGCUUGCAUUCGUGGUGAUAGCACCAUUCGUCCUGCUCACACUGUUGGACGUUACAUCAUACGUGAUAGCCCGCACGCUCGGUGUCAUUGAUGACACCAAGGCAUCCACGAGCGAAAGCGGGACCAGCGCCAGUUCGGAGGCGAGCACGCCGGCAAUUGUCAUACAAGACGACACUACACCCAGUGCCCCAUCGACAGCCAUCACCACCCCGCCGGCCGCGUACUUCCGAGAUCCAAUGGAGGAGGAGGGCAAUCUCCAACUGGCCGGGGUGGACAUGUUCUCCCCGGCCCCGUCUCAGCCCCCGUCUCCAAUUCUAUCGCGACGCGAGCUCGCUUUGCACAUGCACAAUCUUCAGGAAGAAAGUCAAGAGCAGCCUACUGCUCGCGAUCCAUCAUGGGACUCCAGUAGCGGGGAAUCGUCCUUCACGAUACUGGAUCGGGAGUCGGGUGCUGAGGAUGCACAGGUGACCUUGCGCCGAAGGGCGAGAGCGGAAGCUGGGAUGUGA